AUUAUCAUACCAAAAAAUUGCUCAAAAAAAUUAUUAUACCAAGAAAAUGUAUAGAAAAAUUAUUAUCCCAUCCAUGUCAAUUAUUAUUAGACUUUUGAAGUCGUCUUUGGUUGACCUGCACUUCGUAAAUCCACUUAUCUGAAAUUCUGAACAGUACAGUUCUUGCGUUGUUUCGGAGGAUCAAUUGUUUGAUUAAGCAAAAAACUUAAUAGUAGGUUGUAUCUGCAUGACAACUACGACUUUGGAUUGUAAAUGAUAUCUCCUUCAAGAGAUUGUGAUUGGCUUGUCAUGCCGGUUAGCUUGCAAUUCUGGGUUUCUGACAGACAAUAUAUAAAUUGUAUUUAUGUAUGACUACGACUAUGGAAUAUAUCAAGAAUACCGAGUAUUUGUCUACCCUCAGUAUUCGAGAGCUACUUGCUUAUAAUUUAUGCAAGAGCUCUCCCAAGUCAGCUUUGCUUUCGAAGCAUUUAUUGUCAUUCUGAUCCUCACUGUAUUUUGCUUCUAGGUUGUAACUUUUUAAAAGCAAAUGGGGAAUCUUUUUUGUUGUGUGCAAGUUGAUCAAUCAACAGUGGCUAUAAGAGAAGGAUUUGGACGAUUUGAGAAGGUACUUCAGCCAGGAUGCCAUUGCAUGCCAUGGUUCCUUGGAAAACAACUUGCUGGUCAUCUCUCUCUUCGGCUACAGCAACUGGAUCUUCGAUGUGAGACCAAAACAAAGGAUAAUGUCUUUGUCAACGUUGUUGCUUCUAUUCAAUAUCGUGCCCUGGCAGAGAAGGCCAAUGAUGCUUUUUACAAAUUGAGCAAUACAAAGACCCAAAUUCAAGCCUAUGUUUUUGAUGUAAUUAGGGCAAGUGUUCCAAAACUAAACUUAGAUGAUGCUUUUGAGCAGAAAAAUGAAAUUGCCAAAGCUGUGGAAGAAGAACUUGAGAAGGCUAUGUCAGCUUAUGGGUAUGAAAUUGUUCAAACACUGAUUGUUGAUAUAGAUCCAGAUGAGCAUGUGAAGCGGGCCAUGAAUGAAAUCAAUGCUGCUGCAAGAUUGAGGAUGGCAGCUAAUGAGAAGGCAGAGGCAGAAAAGAUCUUGCUAAUUAAACGAGCCGAGGGUGAGGCUGAGUCUAAGUAUCUCUCUGGACUGGGUAUUGCUCGCCAACGCCAAGCAAUUGUGGAUGGCUUGAGAGAUAGUGUGCUUGGAUUCUCAGUUAAUGUACCUGGGACAACUGCAAAAGAUGUCAUGGACAUGGUCCUUGUCACUCAGUAUUUUGACACUAUGAAAGAAAUUGGUGCUGCCUCUAAGUCUUCUGCUGUGUUCAUUCCACAUGGACCUGGUGCUGUUCGUGAUGUAGCUGGUCAAAUUCGGGAGGGACUUCUUCAGGCUUCUCAUCAGUAGCCUCUACUCCACCUAGAUCUUGUGUUUGGUUUGAAUUGGAGUAUGGUGAAGUUAUAGCACCUGUGUCUACCUGUAUUUCUGUUCUGUGCAGUGUGUUUUGUGAUUUUGUUUUAGAAUAAACUGCAAAAUUGAUCCUCCAAAGAUUAUGGCAUCAUCUCAUUAAUCUUCAAAAGAUUUUUUCUAUCAAAUCAGUCCCACAAAUAUCUAAAAUGUUACCAAUUUUUUUCUUAGAGGACUAAAGAAGUGGUAACACAAGAAUUUAGUAUUUGAUUUGUAUCUUUGUGGGAUUGAUUUGUUGACCAAAAUCUUUGAAGGACCAGUUCAAGGACUUACUCUUUCGAUUUAUACUUUCAAGCAGUCAAGUAAUACUGUAUAUUCUGUUGUCUAUAUUGUGAAUCAUGCAUAACUAAACUAUUAAGUAUCCCUGUAUAUAUAUGUUGACUAAAUUGUGAAAGUUGCAUAAACAAGAAAUUUCCUAUA